AUGCUGUUUCUUUGCCAGCGGACAGAAGCACAAACAAGUUACAUCAGCGACUUCGUAGAUCCAAAUUUUGUUCUGGCCAAAGAGUUUCCGUUCCAUACGUACCAGGCUGAAGUCACGAUCGUAAAAUGGGCCAGACAGUUUUCCUUGAAGGGACCGUGGUCGGUGGUGGACAAACCCUUUGCACCACCUUCUGGUGACAAGCACGACUAUCUGAGUUGGUCACCCUACUCUUGGCCCGACUGCAGCAACGUCGGGAACACCUCAGUGCUACCGGACGAACAAGUCUGGACCACAUGCCCAUACACACUCCGCGACGGAGAGUUCAAUCCUGACGUUCGACUCAUCAACGAUGUGGGGAACAUUGACGACCUCUCCAACGCCGUGCUAUACAAUUCCAUUGCCUACGUUAUCACAGGUGGCAACUCGAAUCUCUUCUCGAGAAAUGCUGUGCAUUUCCUCAAGAUAUGGUUUCUCGACCAAGACACGAGAAUGAACCCCUCAUUGACAUACGCGCAAAUUUUGCGUGGGCCUGACGGGCAAGUCGGUAGGCAUACUGGCGUUCUGGACAUGAAGGGCUUCGUGAGAAUAGCAACAGCGAUAGAAAUAUUUCGGAAGAGCAACACUACCGACUGGACGCCCCAGAUCGAAAGUGGAAUGAUCGAUUGGAUCAAGAAUUAUACUUCAUGGAUAGAAACAGACCCAGCGGGUCUCAAAGAGGCUGCUGCGCUGAAUAACCACGGGACAUUCUACCACGUUCAACUCGCGUCAUUGAAGCUUAUCGUUAACGACCAUGAGGGUGCAAAGGAUGCCAUUGAACGCUACUAUAACGGCCAGUUCUUGACCCAAAUAGAGGAAAACGGUGAACAGCCUCUGGAAGCAGCGCGUACAAGACCGUACCAUUACCAUGCCUACAACAUUGCAGCGAUAAUAAGCCUUGCUCGGAUAGCCCAAUAUAUCGACCCUGAAUACAACGUCUGGAACCGAACCUCUUUAAAAGGAGGGACCCUCAAAAAAGCGAUGGAUUUCGCAUUAUCCCUCGACCCAACGGAAACAAACGAAGUUGAAUCCGUCAUCGAAAUGUUCCCGUAUGUUGCUGCGAUUGGAUCAGUUUUUGGCGAUUCGGAUGGGAAAUAUAAAAAAUUCUUGGAGGAUGGGCAUCCAGAAUAUGCUACUGAUCCGCACUUUCUCUGGAACCAACCGUUUGUUGGCGGGCCUACGGUGACUUCGGCGGCGGAUAAGGCUAGGAUGACGAGGAGGGUUAGUAGUAGCGGCGCUUUAGGCCUGAAGGUGCUCCGAGGGAAGAGGUGGAUGCUAGGCUUGGCUUUUGGUGUGUCAUUUGGAGCAGGGAUAGGCUUAUGA